AUGUUAGAUGAGACAUCAAAGCUGACUGUUGAGCGAUCCGGUGACACCUUGAGUGUGGCAAAGAAGACUUUGUGGUCCCGCAGCGGUCCAGCUCCAGCGUUCUCAAAAAGAAUGGGAGGGAGAAUAAAGGGCAGAGAGAGCCCAGAAUUCAAGGGAGGGGUGGUUGAAGAGGAUGGGAACAGCUGUGACUGGGUGGCGGACUCAGCCACCCGCGACACAGCGAGGAAAUGA